AUGGCGAGCGGCGACAGCGGACUCACAGCCCAGGGCUUCCUUGGAUGGGGUGCAGACGAGGAGGUGGCCCGGGAGCUGGAGACGGAGGAGGAGUCGGAGGGCGAGGGGGAGGAGACGGCGGCCGAGUCGGAGGAGGAGCCCGACGCCAGGUUAUCAGAUGAGGAUGAAGAGGGCACGGCCAAGCAGGAGUGUCUCAUCUCUGACCCAUCCUUUUCCAUGGUGGCAGUACAACGGGAAGACAGUGGUAUAACCUGGGAGACCAACUCAAGCAGAUCUUCCACUCCUUGGGCUUCAGAAGGAAGUCAGACUUCGGGAAUAUGUAGUUUGGAAGGGUCAGCUCUGACUUCUCCUCCAGGAAGUGUUUCCUUUAUUAUGGAUGAAGUUAAAAGGACACGGAAAAGAUCUCAGAAGUCCAAGCGUGGCUCACCAUCAUUGCGUCGCAAAGGCAGCAAAAAAAGGAAUCCUCUGGAAUCACAAGAUGUUCUGACAAACCAAGAAGAUGGUCCUUCAAUUCCAGAAAGUUCUGUGCUCAAUAUUGAGAAGUCAUCUAUUGGCACUUAUGAUAAAACAAGAAGGAAGAAGACUGCAUCAAAUACGCCUCCCAUCACUGGGGCUAUCUACAAAGAGCACAAACCAUUAGUGUUGAAGCCAGUCUACAUAGGAACGGUACAGUACAAAAUAAAGAUGUUCAAUUCGGUGAAAGAAGAGUUAAUUCCUCUACAAUUUUAUGGGACGUUGCCAAAGGGUUAUGUAAUUAAGGAAAUACAUUACAGGAGAGGAAAAGAGUCCUCCAUUAGUCUAGAGCCGGAUUUGAGCAAUGGUGCUUCUAACAUAGUUUCCCAAAGGAAGUUAGCCCAGAGCCCAGAAGACGAUGCGGCAAGAGAGCUUGCUCCACCCUGGAGAGGCGCCCUCUCCAAAGGGUCCACGACCUCAUUGUUUAGUCACGAAGAGCAAAAGAAAACCUAUGUUGAUUCCCGUUUAAAUGCUCCAUCUGCAACAGAACAUACAUCUCCCUCUUAUUCCAGAAAUGAUACAGCAGAUGAAGAAGAAACUCUCAGACCUCCACAGAUGGUGCCACAACAGCCAGCGGACGAAUCAAAUACCCACAGAACAGAGCCACCAAGCACUCCAGCAACCACGGUCCUUGAAAGAGCAAAGGAAGAACUGGAACAGAACACGCAAGGAAAGGAAAGUUCAGAGGAUGAUGCCUCAGUCCCGACAGGCUCAGCCGAUGAUGUGCAACAGGAAGGCAUGGUUUCUGUCAACCAUUCCAUGUCAUGGGAGACAGAGGAGUCUCUAGAGACAGGACCACCAAGACCAGAACCAGCCAUCCAAGAAAGGUUUGAGCCAGACAUGGAAGGGCUAGAGCCAAUUUCAACAGAAAAAACAGAACAAGUGUCUGAAUAUGUGACCUCAUCUGAGCCUUUAGACCAUAGAGAGGAGGAGCAUGCGCCUGAGCCCAUAGUCCAUAGAGAGGAGGAGCAUGCGCCUGAGCCCAUAGUCCACAGAGAGGAGGAGCAUGCGCCUGAGCCCAUAGUCCACAGAGAGGAGGAGCAUGCGCCUGAGCCCAUAGUCCACAGAGAGGAGGAGCAUGCGCCUGAGCCCACAGUCCUUAGGGAGGAGCAUGCGCCUGAGCCCAUAGUCCACAGAGAGGAGGAGCAUGCGCCUGAGCCCACAGUCCUUAGGGAGGAGCAUGCGCCUGAGCCCAUAGUCCACAGAGAGGAGGAGCAUGCGCCUGAGCCCAUAGUCCACAGAGAGGAGGAGCAUGCGCCUGAGCCCAUAGUCCACAGAGAGGAGGAGCAUGAACUCAAGCCGCCUCUAUCCCUUGCCUCACAAGAACUAGAGAGGGGAGUGGAAACUUCUACAUCAAUCACGGAUACCACUGAACCCGAAGAUUCUAGUCUAGAAGAAGAGAUCAUAGAACUUGAUUACCCAGAAAGUCCUUUAGUUUCUAAGAAGGCUUCCCCAUUGCCUUUGUCCCCUGAAGUGGACAGAAAAGAGUCCGUUCUACCAUCACAGAAGGCAUUCACACCUGAACAUAUCACUUUGUCCGAGGAAGAAAGAGAGGAGAGCGAGUCUGUUUCUACUGAUUCUGCUUUUGUAUCCGAGUAUUCCGUCCUACAGGAUUUGAACCGUAAACCAGAGACGCUAGAAGUAGAGGCAGUUUCUGAAUCUGAUGUGAAAUCUAGUUCUGAACCUGCAGUCUUUUCAGAGGACGACGAGGAACGUGAGUCUUACUCCCCAGCUGUGAACUCUGUAUCUGAGCACUCUCUCUCUCCAUCCACCACUGAAAAGACAUCUGCCACCCAGUCCCCACUCUUUUCAGCAGUUUCACCAGACCAUUUGGUUCUGUCUGGAGAUGAGGCCUCAGAGAGCGUGUGUCACUCACCAGAUUCCGAAUCUGCGUCUGAGUAUUCUGUUCCAGCGCAUGCGCAAGAGUUGCUGGUGAAAACAGGUGACCACAAGCUCCCAUUAAAGUUGCAACAUGUUUCCGAACCCAUUAAUCAGGCAGAAGAUGAGAAAGAAGAUAUUGGGCUACGGUCUCCAGCUGUGGUGAGACAAGCAGCUCUAUCGGACGAGGGUCUAGAAAGUGGAAGUUUCACCUCAGAUUCAAAGCUGCCAUUUAAACCCCCAGUUCCACAAAAUGCAACACAGGAAUCCCCCCCAAAAUCAAUAGAUGACAUGUCCCAAUUCGAACCAGAAGGCCUUUCUGAGCCUGCAACCCUCUUAGAAGAACAGAAAGAAGCCCUUGGGGUUGGUCUAUCCAAUGAGGUCUCUGCAGCUGAACACGCUCUCCCCCGACAAACCACUGAGCGGCUUUCUGAAAGCCAAUCCCCACCUCCCUCGGCCACCUCAUCGGAACAUGUGGUCCAAUCAGAAGAAGGGAGUGGAGAAGGCCCGCAGCGCUCAGUAUCUUCCACACCAGACCUUCUCCACACAUCCCCUCUGCUUCUAAAAGGUGCCUCCUCACCCACAGGCCUAUCAGAUCAAGGGCAGGAAGAAGACAAUAUUGGGCCCCUUUCCCCUGAUUCUGCAUUUGCGUCAGAAUUCUCAUUCUCACCCUAUCCAACUCAGGAAGUGGAGAAAAGAGAGCUGGGGCGGGAUUCUCCACUGUGCUUAACGUCGCCUUCUGAGCAUGCUGUUCUGUCUGAUGAGGACACCGAAGAGACUGAACUCUUUUCUCCAGACUCAGCAUCCCAGGUUUCAAUCCCACCAUACAGAAUCGCAGAAACAGAGCGAAACAAAGUCGGUCCAGAUGAAUUACUACCUGCGGGGCCUGCUCCGGACUACAGCUGCUUCUCAGAGGGAGAUGAAGAAGAGACAGAGACGGGCUCCGCAGUGGUCACGCCUGUGCCGGAACAUUCUGAUCCAUCGCAGGAGCGGAAAGAGGAGCCUUUCCCUUUUAUGCCUGAGUUUGAAGAUCGGAGCCUGCCACCUUCAGCAGAGAAGGCAGGCCAAGCAGAUACUAUGUCGGAUGUUCCAACUUCAACCUCUGUAUCUGAAUAUCUCAUCCUGGCACAGCGGCAGAAAACUCAAGCAUCUUUGGAGACUGAGGCUGAAGAUUUGGUACCACCACCGUUAACCAGUGGAUGGGAGAAGGGAGAUGCAAGGAGUAAUCCACCAGCAGUUCCGAUAACAGCUUCUUCUGCACUCUCAUCGGUGGUAAAGGAAGAAACCACAUCCAUUUUGCCCACAUCUCAGUCUUCAAUUUCACCUGAGUCAGCCUGUGUGCUUAAGACAGAACAGGAACCCAAAGCAUCGUUCACUCUAACAAGUGCAGAUGAACAGAUGGCUUUGCCCAAAGUCAGAAGGGAAGAAACUGUGCCGGAUUCUCAAGAAGCGACAGCACGCGAAUCACAGGAUCAGACACCAGAGCCUCAGCCCCCAAAUGUUCCAGGGUCUGGGAUGAAAUAUUCAGUUUUGUCUGACUUGGGAGAUGAGCCAAAGGCGGAUGUCAAACUCAAUUUAGCUCCAACUGUGACUUCUGAACUAGAACAGAGAACGUUGUCAAAGAAUGAGCCCAAAGUGGCAAAACCGUAUUCACCUCCAGAGGAAACAUCUAUUUCUGGACGUGAGGUUUUAUCUGCAGUGAAAACGGAAGUGAAACGGGAGUCCAAAAUAACCAGGGAACUUCCUGCAGCUCUGUCGGGAACAGAGAAGGGAGCUGAACACAGUACGCCUGUGCCACCAGCACGUCCAGCUUUGUCGGAAGAAAUGGGGAGAGAAACCGAAGCCAGCUUCUCCACCACCACAGUGCCAGUAACUAAGCCCGAUUCAAAUUCAGCUGAGUUAGGCAGAGAUGAAAUCCUGACAGACUCAUCUCUUGCCAGCCCUGAGGAACACCCGGGUUUAAAGGGAGUAGGGAAGAGCGAACAGGGGCAUGGUUUGCCGCCGUCCAAGAACUUGGUGUCUGUCUCAGAGGUGUUAGGGCCUGAACCCAAACUUCCUGUCAACUCAGGUGGUGAGGUAAAGAGAGAAGACAGGGAGCCUCUUCCAUUGCAAGUGUCACCCACAUCCAAACACACAGUGCCAGACAACAAACCUGAGGAGAUAACAAGGUCCCCUGAUACUGAAAAUUUCUUGUCAGAUGAUUUAGCCCCAACAUCACGGGCCCUCAGCCAUGGAAUGAACAGGCAAGCAGAGGAGACAUCUUCUCCAGGGCUGGGGAGUUUCCUGUCAGGAGAGCAAGAGCUCAUAAAGCUACCCCCAGAGGCUAAGAAGCACAGUCAGUUAUCAGAAGUACCGACUGCUGGGUCAGAACUCAUUGAUAGUAGAGGUAGAGAUGGAUCCUUAGGUAAAGAGCCAGUAAAACCCAUCGGAACUGAACCACGGCCUUCUAUCUUAGAAAAGGGUCCCACUGAACUUAGAAGAGGACAAGAGCAAGAAGAAAGCAGGGAGCUUCCUGUGCCUCCUGCAUCUCCAUUAGAGACUGCUUCUUUUGACCUUCCUAUAGAGCAGAAAGAGCUUAAAACGACCCUUCAUGAGGGUCAAGCUGUUAAGGUGCCUAAUGUGAGAAGCCCUUCUGCAGAUAAGCCAGAUCUGGGUAUUAAACAAUUAGCAGAGAAGAGAGACAGUUUGGAGCAACCAAAGCCAUUUAUGACAAUUGAGCCUGCUAAUGUUACAGGAACAAAAGUGAAGGAGACGCCCAUUUCUCCAAAGGGUAACACCUGGAUUCUGGAAAAGCCAGAUGGCUUUGUUAAUCAGCCUGAAGCUAGAAAACCAGGAUCUGGGCAGCUGGAGUCCCCUGAGAGCAAUGAUCUGAUGCCAGAGAAACCUGGGGCUGCCCCGUGGGAUGCAGAUGACACAUCUGGAAUCAGGAAUCAGGUUCUACUCCCAGCUGUGGAAGAACCCCAUUUGCCAUUGCAAGAACAAUUACCUAGCCUUCAUGUAUCUAGUGGCAAGGUAGAAACGUUAUCUGCUAAGACCUAUCUUUCUGAAGAAACCAAGGCCGAGGUUCCUGUUGGAAAGGUGGAUAGAGGUGGAACAGAGGAGAGGCAGAACAGUUCUUUCAUGGAGAGUGAAAAUUUGCUAUCAGAGAAAACAAAUGCAGAAUUUUCCAGGCCUUGCAAAGAAGAUGUCCAGAAGGAAAUCAAACUACCUCUUGAAGGAACUCUCCAGAAAUCAGAGACUGGCCUAUCCGUGGAGCCGGUAAAGGCAGAAACUACCCCGAUUCCUACCAGUCCAGCACAUUUCCUGGCUCAAGUUGCAGAACCUGCACCGGGCAAAAACCAAGAAGCAAGCAAAGCACCAGUGACUGGUGAGGAGCCAUCUCAAGAACCUCCUCAGUCCAGGGCUGUAGAGGGUGCUGAGGAAGGGCGGAGGCUAUCCUCUGGCAAUGUGGAAGUCCUCACCCAAAGUAAAUCUAUCCCUGCUGUGAAAGCAAAAGCCCCACCUCAACCUCCAGAGACCCCAGAGGUGACACAAAAGCCAUCCAAGAAGUCACAGGUCGCCGAGCAAGGUCUUCCUGCAGAGAAGGGGAAGAAAGGGAUUUCGUCUUUCAAAUCAUGGAUGUCUAGUUUAUUGUUUGGAUCGAGCCCUCCGGAUAAUAAGGUCUCUGACGGUGAAGAUCUGGAAACUCAGCCAAGUCCCUCUGUAGAGAAAGCAGUAACUGCCGUGGAACCUAAAGGUACAGUUCCUGCUGAGAUUACUGCAGCUGAGAAGGCAGGGGCUCAUUCAUUACCUGAGGCCACAGUUGGACUGGCCAAGGAACCCAAAGGUAUUUCAGUUAAAUCCAGCGCAAGUCAAGACCUUAAAGAAAAACUCACAUUUUUAUCAAACGAAGACGUUUUAAAGCAGCCUAAAUCUAACUCUGACAACUAUGGGAAGACAGAACUCCUAGGCUUUUCAGAGGGAACGGGUGAAAGCUUAGCUACUUCAGCUGGUGACAAACAUCCUGGAAUUCGUCCUUGUUCCCCUACGGGUGAGAAAGUGGGUUUGGAAGAUGCCCAAAGCAUGGCUCCUCUUCACGUUCCUGAGAACCAAAGACGCCAGAAGCCAGAGAUCUCUCCUCCAUCUAUGUGGAGUAUUUCUGCUCUUAAGGAAGAGUCAAGCAGUGAUCACAAGGAAGCACAGCUCUCAUCAUCUGGUGUAGUAGAUAGAAUGCCACAACAGCCAGAAUCAGCUCAGCCCGCCUUCACAAGGAUGGACUCAGAGAAGCCAGCACCAGUGAGUCUGCCAGUGGAAUCAAAAGGCAGUUUAAUUGAUCUUGGUGAAGACAGACUAAGACAAGAAAUGCCAAAACCUAUGUCUCUGGAACAUUGUGAGGAGGAAGUGGAAUGCCCAACGGAGGAGAAGGAUGGCUGGGAAACCAGAUCAUUUUCCUUGGCAGGGAAGAGGGGGCUGGCAGAGAAGCAAGAAAUCAUGGCUCCCUUGGAACUCAGGGAAAAUAAAGCAGUAGGAGAGUUGCAAACGACGCCGGAAUCUCGACCUUUCAAGUUGGAAGAAUCAAAAGCUGCUAAGAGGCUGGAACAGCGCAUCUCUCCAAGUGAAGAGCGCACGGAAAAACCCAGCAAGACGCUUGCUUCAGAGAGGAGAGAAAAGGAAGUGAAGGAAUUUUCAGAAGGAGAGAAGCAAGGAUGCCAAUCGCACUCCCCUCCUGCGGCCAUGCCUGUGCCAGGAGCAACAGCUGCCUCUUUGGAUAAGGCUGAACCACCUUUACUGGCUAAACCACCACCCGUUAUUGAAAAACCAGAACAUAUAUUCACAGAGGUACACCCAAAAAUUAGAGAGAGAAAGGCAGCAGAAACCCAACCACGUCUCCAGGAAGAAGGUAAAACAUUAGUAGAGAAAACUAAGGCUUCCCAUGUGGAGCCUCCCCAUGGAGAGGAAAUGGACUCUUUUACUCAGGGAGGAAAUCUGGAGCUGGAAAAGUCAUAUGACAGUAGAGUGACUGCGGAAGAUGGAAGUGUGCAGCCAAGACCCCUAUCUAAGGAUGCCGAGAGGACAUCAGAGCACAUGACUGAGGAAAGAAAGGAUUUAGGAAUGCUGCCGACUCAGCUGUCAGCCGUAGAACCACAAAAUGUUGUUUUAGGAACUUCUGUAGGACAUACAAUAAAGAAACAAGAAACAUGGUCACACAGGCCCACAGUCCACACUAUCCAGACAUGUAACGAUCACCCAGAAGAGAUGCUGAAACAAUCUGUUCUUAUUUCAAAGCGCCCCUUGGAAGCUGUGGAGGAUGUGCACAGAAACGAACCACCCUCUUCGGCAGCAAGCAACUAUACUCAGUUUAUGCUUAGUGCAACAGCAAUCAGUGCUGAUGGAGUUCCUCCUAUGGGCAGCACAACCCAGGAGCCUGAAGGCACCUCUGUGAAAGAUGAAGAAUUUUCAGUGACCAGCAAGCCAGCUGGACUUUCAGAAGAUCAAAAGAGUGCCUUUGGCAUCAUUUCCGAAGGCUGUGAGAUACUGAAUAUCCAUGCCCCCGCCUUUAUCCCUUCAGUGGAUCAGGAAGUAAGUGAACAAAUGCAAGAUAAGUUACAGUAUUUGGAAGAGAAAGCUUCGUUUAAAAGCAUAUCUGUUCAUGAUGAGAGGAAGGCAGUUGAUUCCCAUGAAACACAGAAGAGCAAGUUAGAAGUUUCUGGUAGGAAAACCACAUCACAGAUGGAAAACGAGCCAAAAGAAAGUCACAAGACAAAGGAGGAGAUAACCACAGACUCUGAAAUGGGUGACUUCACAUCUCUCCAACCCACAGUUUCUGGUGAAGAGGAUUAUUUUGAAAAAUAUACGUUGAUUGAUUAUAACCUCUCCCCAGGCUCAGAAAAGCAGAAAUCAACUGUUGAGGAAUCCUCAGAAGAAGUCAUAGAAACGCUGACUUCUUCCCCAGAAAGUUCAGCUGAACAGGCCCUAGACCAUGACUAUAACUUAGUAAAGUUAGAUGAAUGCUUUUAUGGGCCAGAAAAGGACAGUAGCAAAUUAUCUCACACAGAGAUGCAAAAGUCUUUGGUUAUCCAAAAACCAGAUGAUAGAAGUGCUCCAAAGGGUAUUGGUAGAGAUGUGGACUCCAGGUCUCCUGGGAUGCCUUUAUUUGAUGUGCAGGAAGGAGUUCUGUCAAGAAGACAGAUAUUUCCCACCACCACCAAGGCUGUCAAUCCCGAGCUGCUAGAAGAGCCACCUGCACUUUCCUUCUUCUACAAGGAUCUGUAUGAAGCAGCACGUGGGGAGAAAAAUGAAGGAGAAACAGCUUCAGAAGGUGACAGUGUGGAUUCUGAGACACCAUUUCCAAGGAGACAUUCUGACACCGAUGACGGAACAGGUAUGUAUUUCGAGAAGUACAUACUCAAAGAUGACAUUCUUCACGACAAGUCUGUGACUCAGGAAGAUCAAGGCCAAGGCCUGGAAGAAAAGCCAGUUGGUGAAGAGGAUUCACAGCAACUGAGAGUUGCAGAAAGGGAAAUCAGGAGAAAGCCUGAAACUAGUUUUUGGGAGAAGAAUCUGGAAGAACAGCACAAGGCUGUUGACAGGGAAGGAGAACCCGUAAGCCACGUGGAGACUGUUGAUGAGGCGGCAGAGCAGCGGCAAGCUCCCAUCACAGAGCAAGUCCGAGCAGCCACCCAGAAGAUGAGCUAUGCAGUUCCAUUCCAGGACGCACCCUGGGUUCUGGAGAGUGAGCCAAGCAGCCAGGGUAAUGAGGCAGGAAAUGCAAAUCCAGAUGUCAAUCUGAAUGUCCCAGUACAAGUGUCUUUCCCAGAGGAAGAAUUUGCAGCAGGUGCCACUUAUGCUCCUGAAGUAUCACAAGAGGAGCUGGCCCCAUCCAUGUCACGUGAAGAGAGGCUCCACAAUGUCCCCGUGCAGGAUGAGUAUGACUUUGUUGACUCUCUGAAUCAGGAAACAGCCAGUCCAGGUAUCUUACAAGAAGAACCACGUUCAGAAUCCUCACCCAAAGAAGUGUUAUCUCAAGGAACAGAAUCCUUUGAGCAUAUCAGGGAACAGGAACUCACGAAUGAGGGGGAACUGAGAAUGUCUGCUUCACAGGACGAGCGGGACAGAAGGGGAGAAGACCAGUCAGCGACAGAAUUAGUGACCACUAAAACACAAAAGGAACAGAAAAAGGCCCAGGUUGAAUCUUACUGCUACACCUGCAAAAGCCUGGUCUCUGAAAUGGACAAGGUGCUAGACAUUCACAAAGACCAUGAGGUUUCGGCGCUUGACACGGCUAUAAGUGCUGUUAAGGUACAAUUAGGAGAAUUUCUUGAGAACCUACAAGAAAAAUCCUUGAGGAUUGAAGCUUUUGUUAGUGAGAUUGAAUCCUUUUUUAAUACCAUUGAGGAAAACUGUAGCAAAAAUGAGAAGCGACUGGAAAUGCAGAACGAGGAAAUGAUGAAGAAGGUUUUGGCGCAGUAUGAUGAGAAAGCGCAGAGCUUCGAGGAAGUGAAGAAGAAGAAGAUGGAGUUCCUGCAUGACCAGAUGGUCCACUUCCUGCAGAGCAUGGACACGGCCAAGGACACCCUGGAGACCAUCGUGAGAGAGGCCGAGGAGCUUGAUGAGACAGUCUUCCUGGCCUCCUUUGAGGAAAUCAAUGAAAGGCUGCUGUCUGCCGUGGAGAGCACAGCUUCCUUAGAGAACAUGCCUGCCGCCUUCUCGCUUUUCGAACAUUACGAUGACAGCUCGGCGCGAAGUGACCAGAUGUUGAAACAAGUGGCCGUUCCGCAGCCUCCCAGACUAGAACCCCAGGAACCAAGUUCUGCUACCAGUACAACAAUUGCCGUGUACUGGAGCGUGAGCAAAGAGGAUGUCGUGGACUCAUUCCAGGUGUACUGUGUAGAGGAGCCUCAGGAUGAUCAAGAAAUAAAUGAACUGGUAGAAGAAUAUAGAUUAACAGUGAAGGAGAGUUGCUGCGUAUUUGAAGACUUAGAACCCGAUCGGUGUUAUCAAGUGUGGGUGAUGGCUGUCAACUUCACCGGAUGUAGCCUGCCCAGUGAGAGAGCAAUUUUUAGAACAGCACCCUCCAUGCCUGUGAUCCACGUAGAAGACUGUACUGUGUGCUGGAACACUGCCACGAUCAGAUGGCGGCCUGCUAACCCUGAGGCCACAGAGACCUACACUCUGGAGUACUGCAGACAGCACUCUCCUGAGGGCGAGGGUCUGAGAUCUUUCUCUGGAAUUAAAGGACUCCAGCUCAAAGUUAACCUCCCUCCCAACGACAAUUACUUCUUCUAUGUGAGAGCCACCAACACCUCUGGGACGAGUGAGCAGAGUGAAGCUGCCCUCAUCUCCACCAGAGGAACUAGAUUCCUCUUAUUGAGAGAAACAGCUCACCCAGCUCUCCAGAUCUCCUCGGACGGGAUGAACGGGAUGGUGAUCAGCUUCUCAGAGAGGAGACGGCUGACAGAGAUCCCCUCAGUGCUGGGUGAGGAGCUGCCCGCCUGUGGCCAGCAUUACUGGGAAACCACAGUCACAGAGAGCCCAGCCUAUCGACUCGGCAUCUGUGCCAGCUCAGCCGUGAGGGCUGGUGCCCUGGGACAAGGGGAGACCUCAUGGUACAUGCAUUGCUCCGAGUCACAGAGAUAUACAUUUUUCUACAGUGGCAUUGUGAGCGAGGUGCAUGCCACCGAGCGCCCAGCCAGAGUGGGCAUUCUGCUGGACUACACCACCCAGAGGCUUCUAUUUAUAAAUGCCCAGAGUGGACAGCUGCUCUUCAUCGUGAGGCACAGGUUCAGUGAGGGCGUGCAUCCUGCCUUUGCCCUGGAGAAGCCUGGGAAAUGUACUCUGCAUCUGGGCUUAGAGCCCCCGGAUUCUGUUAGGCACAAGUGAUCCCGGGUAGUCAGACUUUAUCAGAAUGGGAGUGAGAGCUGGGAUGCAGAGCUGUCAUUUGUCUCUCAGGCAGUGUGCACUACUCAGAGAGUCUCCCACACCUGCACUGACGAUAGCUCCGGGUGCUGCAGUCAGCAUGUGAGUAAAGCCAGGGACCCCGUGCCUUGUGGAGCAGUGUGUCAGUGGAGGGGUGAACACAGCCACCACCCUUGGUUCACAGUUGGAGUGUUUCCUAAAUUCAAAGGAUUUGCACUUGACCUGGAAACCAAACCCAGAGAAAAGGACUUAUGUCUGCUCUACAUGUCAAGCAAAUUUCCCAGUAGCUAGGUCAGAGGGGGAAGGAGGGUUGUGUCCCUGGCAUGU